CUGCGAAAUGCCUGCUUGGAAGGCCACACAAACUUGAUCCUUCGGCACCUCGAUUCGCUCCCACCAGGCGACGAGGAGGCCGCGCGUGCCAUUAAUCAGCCAGACGGCGACGGGCGGACGCCGCUGCACUGGGCCGCGUCCCAGGGCUUGACACCCGUUGUGCAGGCUUUCCUCUCGCGCGGAGCCGAGGCAGACCGGGCGGAUCCGUCUGGAUGGACCCCACUCAUGAUGGCCUCGUCGGCGGGGCACGUCGACAUUGUCCAGCUGCUCCUGCAGAACGGCGCCAAUGCGGUGCAUCAAAACGAAAAGGGACAGACGGCAUUGCACUAUGCCGCGAGCAAGGGCCACAUCGAUGUCGGUCGCGCGCUGAUGGAGUGGGGUCCGGGCGGCGGGGACAUCAAUGCGCGCGAUCGUGCAAAGCAGUGUGCGAUGUGAGUCUCAGUCACCACUUCUUUGAGCAGAUGGAUUCCGUGCGAUGGGAGCGCUGAGCUGUUGGCGGGCAAAUCAACCAGACAUCGAGCGGCAUCAGCGGGCAAGGACGGAUUCCUCAGAAUGCUUCUCAAGCCUCCCCCGCCCAAAAAUGGGGCCCAGCGGGAGAAGACGAGAGUCAA